AUGGCCAAUAACAAUGGCAACGUCUUUUUGUCUAUUGAUCAAUUCAAGAGCCGGAUGCAGAAAAUCGUUCAACAACUAGAACUCAUAUCAACGGAGUUUGUUGGCGUUGUGAGCCAAACCGAUCUCGCUGAUAUCCAGCAAGCGACCAAUAAGCUUAAAUUUACCAUGUUGCCCGAAGACAGCCGCCACUCUCAAGGCGUCGAGACAUACGGUCUUUUCCUUUUCGACGAUGCGGCUGACACCUUGGGCCGCCGCAACCAACACACCGAGUUGAUCGGGUACACUGUCGAUAAAUUGGUUAAAACUGUGGCCGGCGAAACAAUUUCGGAGCAGCAGCCAAAUAAUGAUCUGUGCCAGCAAUCAGCGACGUACCUUGAUUGGAACGCCCUUUCAUCAAUAAGCAAGGAAGAUGUCGACAGCAGGCUCCCCCCACAUGGUGAUGACCAGGCGUCCGUCGCAGAUUCUGGCUCGAGUGGCAGUGGCAGUGCAAAUUCUUAUAUUGGCGGGUUCGGAGGCUUCGAUGGAGCUUUUGAGUUUCCUUCCAAGCUCCCACUGCAUAUUGGUGAUGACCAGGCGUCCGUUGCAGAUUCUGGCUCGAGUGGCAGUGGCAGCGCAGAUUCUAAUAAGCACGUUUGCGGGUUCGAAGGCUGCAAGAAAGCUUUUAAAUUUCUUUCCAAGCUCCGGGAUCAUGCGCGUAGCCACGAAGCGCCGGCAUUUCCAUGCCCAGUGUGUAAUCAGAAGUUCAAGCAAAGCCGCAUCUUGAAGAAACACCUCUUCAGAAUCCACAAGAUCAACAAGGCCAAUCAAAACCAAGACGGCGCCGUAGGUCCUCAUGGGACAAUCACAGACGUGACCUUCCGUGAUCUCGAUAUCACUUCCCAAUUCCAUGCUUUUAAUAUGCAAACUCGUCAAAACCAAACUUAUCAGCUCCAGACCACCAGUUUUACCCACGGUCAGGUGGAAAAUAUUAUCUAUAUCGAUCCCGCCGUUUUUUCUAACUCUGAUUUAAUUGAUCAUGAUGAUAUAAUCGAAUCUGAUCUCGUGAGGUAUCAACAACACUUCUCUCUCUCAUCUCCCGAGACCAUGAGCGAGAGUGACCUCGGGGAGGUCUUUCAGGAUGGGACUGCGGGGUCAUCAGACUACAAUAUGGGUUACUGA